CUUCAAAAUUUUAAUACAACUUUUAUCUCUCAACUUUCUCUGUUCGCCGUCUCGGAUUUAUCGAUUUACUUAAUAUACUCUUUCGACGUCCAAGUGCAAUAUAAAACCAAAACUCGUUGUUUCGGCAUAGUGAUAAUAAUAGCGGCGAAUUGACAACGAAGAAAAAUGUCAACGACGUUAGAAGACGCGCUAUGCAGAUAUCCACCCAGCUACCCAUCGCGCUGUGAGUCUAGAAAAACCUGUUUCUCAACGUGUCCACCGUGUCCAAAUAUUCAGCCACCGACGAAUGGCACGUCUUCGGUUCAUUUUCAAGUUACCUACACUCGCAACGGGUAUGUUGAUGAAAUAUUAACUUCAAAAGGAAUAUACGAAGAUGCGAUGAUCACGGAUUUUGUUUCCACAGCCUCGAAUAUUCACCUUGCUAUUAUCCUCGAUCGAUAUGCUGUCCACCGCCAGAGAUACCACCACCGAAAGUAACCCCUUGUUACGCGAGAUUGUUCGAUUCUCGCGGAAGACCAAUUUGUUUAUACUUUUAAUAAAUUAUUCUUUCGAUAUACGAGCGAUUUUCUAUAUCUGCCUAUAUAUUUUGGUCAUUCCUCUUAGCUAUAAGUUUUCACGAAACUUCGGAAAUAAUAAAGAACAAUUUGCUGUUACUUCGUCUCAGAUAAUUGGAGCGUAUUCUACCCGUCAAGCCCGCUAUGCCCGACAGUAAAUUAAUGGAACCGUUUCGCAAUUCUUAUAGUUUCUGUAGCGAACGCGACUUUAAACGUCGAGAAGAAAGAAGAGAAGGUUUUGUAGUUAGCCGUGUUACUUUUAAGUAAAGAAUCGGACAAUCGAACAUACGUGUGAACAUAUUCGUUUAGUUACGUCAGAAAGGAAAAACAGAAGAAACGUAAUCGAUUCGAAGCGAAUAUAUACAGAUCUGUGUAAAUUGUUCUCGUAUUAAACAAACCCGAUGAAAAUUUGUUAGGCAAUGCUGUGGAUAAAUUUCUAAGUCGCGCGAAGCUGUUAUUUCCUUUUGGACGAUUCAUAUCUAAAGAUGCUGUAGGAAAUAGUUUCGAUUUUCGAUAGAAAUAAAUCCUCCGGAUAAACAUGUCUUGUCGCGAAGAGAAAAGGCGUACCAGCACUCUGCCUCCACCGUGUUAUCAUUGCAAGCCUCCGCCGUUCUGUUGUCCGAAAUACGGCUGUCCACCUCCUCAGCAAUACCCACCUCUAAAAUGUCGUUGUCCUCGUCCGUGCCCACCUUUCAUAUGUAGACAACGUCCAGAACCAGCACCGAAACCACCCGCACUGUACGUCGUUGACUGCUUACCACCUCCUUGUCCAGAGCCACCUCAAUGUCCAGCACCAAAAAUAGAACCACCACCAUCCUGUGUACGAUACUGUAUUCGUUGCACGUGCGAUGGCUCGACUUACUCUCCGCUUUAUUUCUCUGAUCUGCCAAAGUGUGAAAUUUCUUCCUGUGCGAAGUGCUGCUGACUGUCGAGCUUAAAGAUCAUACUGUACUUCGUAUUUUUAAUUCUUGUAUCGUAUAAAUUAUUAAAAAGCUGAGACUUC